AUGAUGAGCGCAAAGCAGAAGAUCAGCAACAUAGCCAGCGCCGCUAAAGAGCGCAUCACCAUUUGCACCGCUAAAGCUGAGGAACAGGCGGAGAAGGCGACGGCGGCGACAGCGGAGGAGAGGGAGAUAGCGAAGGAGCGGCGGAAGGCCAAGGAAGCGAGAGCCAAGAUGGAACUGCACGAGGCCAAAGCCAGGCACGCCGCCGAGAAAUUGGACGCUAGGAAGCACCGUUAUGGUACGGUUGCUGCCGCCACCCACCACCAGCCUGGGCACGAUACGUUUGGUCAUCAUCAGUAUCAAGACCCUGCGGUUAUGGGUAUGGCUGCGCCGGCCACAGCGGCAGCUCCGGCGGUAGCUCGACCCGCCGGAGGAGCCCCGAUGGCGACGCAGUAUCCGAGUACUGUACCUGCGGGGACGACACAGUACACGACUGGUACUGGACAUCACUAUGUCUAA